AUGUCCCGCGGCGAACCCUUGACAGACGCCGACAGAGCAGGCUGGCUCCAAGCCCUAGCCGAGCACGAGACCGCCGCUCCUCCAACAUCCUCCUCUCCGCACCUAGUAAUCACCUGUUCGGCCUUGAAGCGUCACUACCGCGACAUUCUCCGCUUAGGCUCCGAAAACGCGGGUGAUCUACGCAUCCGCUUCAUCUUCUUGUUAGCGCCGGAGGAAGUCCUGAGAGAAAGGGCGGAGAAGAGGAAGGGCCAUUUUGCAGGCGCAAAUCUCGUGAGGAGCCAGUUUAAGAUUUUGGAGAUGCCGAGGCCUGAUUUGAAGGAGGAGGAAGGAGGCGAACAUGAAGGUGGGGAGAAGGAUGUUAUUGUUGUUGAUGUGGAUAGGGGAGUUGAGGAGGUGGAGAGGGCGGUUAUCGAGGUGGUGAGGACGGAGAUGGGAAGGGAGGAAGGUGAUUUUUUGAGGUUGAAUUAG